AUGUACCGUAAAAUUCUUUGUGUCAUAAGCCUUUUUGGUUUCGCUACAGCAGUUGUCAUCGAUCAUACACAGGGACUCAUCAAGGAUUCUUACCGGAAUGGAGGCGAUAAUAAUUGGCAGACGAUUAAAGUUUACCAUCCACCCUCGCCGCCAAUGUUUCAAAAAUAUGAUACUUAUGCUUAUCCAAAAUAUGAAUUUGAAUAUGCUGUAUUGGACAAAAACACCGGUGACCAAAAACAUCAUCACGAAGAAAGGGAUGGACACAGAGUUCGCGGGCAAUAUAGUCUUGUUGAAGCAGAUGGCUCUUUAAGGGAAGUCCAUUACAACGCAGAUGACUUUUCAGGCUUUAAUGCAGUUGUAAGUAAAAGUUUCCUCAACCAUGGAAACCAGGCUUACUCCGUUCAUGAACACACGCGUCACUUCUCACCAAUUGGAAAUGGAAUCAAAAUAAAUCACUUUUUCCCAAAUCCAAACCACAAAUUCCAAGAAGCCUCGACAAAAGAAAGCGAGAUUAAAGAUACUAAACCAGUUCAGGAAUCAACACAAGAGCCAAACGUGUAUGAAAACGAAGUUCAAAGUAUAUCAAAUGAAGACAAAAUGAUUCGCUUGGAGCCUGUAAAAGAAGAGGAAAUUACGACCACUGAAUCUCCCAUUGUCAAAAUGGAAGCAGUGGAAGGACCAUAUUUUAAAGUCGUGCCAACGAUAUCGAUUAAUCAUGAAGAGAUUGAAAAGCCUGCAGAGAACGAAGUUGUUCUUCCAGUCACAGAGAAGUCUCCAGAUAAUGUUGAAGAACAUAAGCCAGAAACAGUAACAAGUCCACAGGAACAUAUACACGACUCCGAUGUAGCAUCAUCCUACUAUCAUUCCAAAGUCUACUACGUCGGCUUUUAA